GCAUUUUUCGGUAAUCUCCUUGGAUAGUUCUAGCUUGGUUGUAGAUUCGUGGUCGUCAUUCAUCAUCAUUAUUAAAAAUCUGUGAGGAUUGUUUAUCGAUGAGAGAUGAGUGAUUCACGGCCUUCUAGAAGCCCAUUUGAUGCAUUCUUCAAUGGACUUAUUUAUAUGAUAGAUGCACCGGUUACUUGGGCUCGAGAAAAGAUAGUUGCAAACCGUCCAAAAUAUUAUUAUUAUCACGAGAAGUUUCGAAGAGUACCAACUAUUGAUGAAUGUGAAAUUGGUGAUGUGCUGUGCUAUUAUGAAGCCAAUGAACAAUAUAAGAGAGACAAAGCUGUGGAUACAGAAAUUUUAAAUCUUUUACGUUUGAGAAGAGAUGAUUGUGUUUUUUAUGAAUCACCUGAUCAUAAAGAAAACUGCAAAAAAGUACUUGCUGAUUAUGAAGAAGCAGCUCUCAAUUGGUUCAUAAAAUAUGGUGAUUUAAGUGGAUAUGCAACAGUUAGAGAUUGUUAUAUGAAACAAAAACAUCGCUUGAUAUGGGAACGUCGUCAACAAGAGAAAUUAGAAUCAAAUAAAAUUGAAUAAUGUUCUUAUUAAUUCUGUUGUUAAUCCUUUAAGAUUUAGUUUUAUAGGAUUUCUUUUGUUAAAAAGUUUUUAUCAUCAUUAGAUGACAAAAGAUUUGUAAUAAUAAUAGUAGUAAAACAAAUUUGUAUGUAAUAAAA